AUGGCGACUCCCGCUCUGCCGAUGGUGGCGGUCGACCCCGCGAUGCCGCGGGGCUCAGAUGAGUACGAGAAGAAGCGGGCUGCGAACCAGCAGCGCCUCGCCGACAGCAUCCCUGUCGAGCUUCGCCUGCCACAGCACGUUGUCGACUCGGCGCCCAAGAACGUCACCCAAAUUCCUCGUCAGUGCGGUCUUUUAACGGCGCGGGAGCUGGAAAUUACCGAAAACUACGAUGCGGUGGCCCUGGCCGCGGCCCUCGCCAACAAGACGUAUACCGCCGUCGAGGUCGCCGCGGCCUUUUGCAAGCGAGCCGUCAUUGCGCACCAGCUAACGUGCUGCCUCACGGAAUUUUUCAUGGACGAGGCCCUGGCGCGCGCCAGGCAGCUCGACGAGCACCUCGCGGCGACGGGCCGCACCGUUGGGCCCCUGCACGGCGUCCCGACCAGCAUCAAGGCGCACAUGCCUCUCAAGGGCCAUCGCAUGGACCUGGGCACGCUGGCGUCCGAGGCCGUCGUCGACUUUGACAGCCAGGCGAUUGGCAUUGUGCGCGACGCCGGCGCCGUCUUCUACUGUAAGACGAACCAGCCGCAGCUCAUCAUGCACAUCGAGUGCGGCUCGUUCCACGGCCGCACGCUCAACCCGCGCAACACGGCGCUGUCGUCGGGCGGGUCGAGCGGCGGCGAGGCGGCGCUGCUCGCCAUGCGGGGGUCCGUUUUUGGCAUCGGCAGCGACAUUGGCGGGAGCAUCCGCGGGCCGGCCGCGUUUUGCGGCGUCUACGGCUUCAAGCCGACGGCUAGCCUGCUGCCGCGCAGGGACGGCCUCGUCGGGGGCUCCGCGGCAGAGCUCACCGUGCCUGCGUCCUGGGGCCCCAUGUCGCAGUCGCUGCGGGACAUGGACCUCUUCAUGGCCGUCUUCUCGGCGGCGCAGCCGUGGCGUGCCGAUCCGCGUCUCAGCAACAGGCCGUGGACCGGUCUCGCGACGCCCAAGUCUACAGAGAGCCCGCUCAAGGUUGGCUUCAUGAUGACGGAUGGCGUGAUUCAGCCCCAGCCGCCUGUUGUCAAAGCCAUGGAGUGGGCGCGCGCGCAGCUACAAGGUGCUGCGGACAUUGACGUGAAGCCCUUUGAGCCGUACCGCACCCAAGAGGCUGCCAAGAAUGCGCACACCGCCUACUUUCCCUACGGGUUGGAUGCGAUUCGUCGCGGCUUGGAGGAGUCGGGCGAGCCGUUUUUGCCGCUUUCUGAAUGGUCGGUCCGAGAUGCAGAGGCGGCGCCGACGCCGACCUCGCAGGGCCUGUUUGAGCUGAGCAAGAAGAAGGAGCAGUUUUGGUACGACUGGGCGGCGCACUGGGCCAAGCAGGACGUGGACAUUGUCAUUUGCCCUGCGUUCUACGGCCCGGCGGCGAGCCACGACACGGCGUUUUACUGGAACUACACCAUCAUCUUCAACUAUCUGGACAUGCCGGGCGUUGUGCUGCCGACGCCGGUUGUCGCGGGCACCAAGAGCACAGAGCAGUACGCUGAGGAUGCGCCGCUGAGCAAGGAGUGUGAGCAUGCGCGCCGGCUCUGGGACGAGGGGGACUUUGAAGGUGCGCCGAUCGGGAUUCAGAUUGUUGCGCCGCGACGCCAUGACAAUGAGUUGUUUGGUGCGUUGGAGCAGCUAAAGAAGUACUUGGACGUAAAGCAGUAG